CUGUAUAUACAAUACAAUAUAAAGUUUAAUUGAUGUUGGCUUGUUCAUGAGUUGUACAGUUUACAGUAUGUUGUUUUCAUGCAGCUUUUUGUACUUCAUAGUUCUUGUAGGUAGAUCUAUAGAUCUAACAGUAGCACAAGAUCAAUGCUCUCUGCAGACCUACUGUGGUGAAACAUGCUGCUUGCCAGUUAUUGAGCAAUGCUGUGCAUUGUCAAGUAACCUUACUAGUAGGUUAUCCACAUGCUGUACGACUGUUUCUGUGUGUGGCUCGUUGCAAUGUCCCAGCAGUCUGCUAUCAGAAGACAUUUACGAUACAACAGUAAAAACCACUGGAUCUACUGGGGAAACUGCGCAGCUACGAAACCAAUGCUGUGUGUACUUCAGAAAAGGAUGUUGCAGCCAGAGAGAAAACAAUUUUUUAGAUUUGCUGUUCAAGUUGACCAUUGGUCUAGGAAUUGGACUUGGUGGUCUACUAGUGAUCAUCCUGUUGCUGGUGGUGUGUUGCUGCUGCUGUGUCUGUUGUGACUGAUAUUUUAUGCAGCCUGCUUUUUUGUUAGCCUCUACACAGGCUCUCCUUUUUCUGUUCUUUAUCACAAUCGUUCAAUAAGAUAAAAUACUGUAUUAUUCGUUCAAUGAGAUAAAAUACGGUAUUAAUUGGAGGAAUAAAGAAAGAAAUA